AUGGAGUUAUAAUUGAACGCCAUAACGCGGUUUUCGGCGGCGUUUUGUUAGUCAAAAAUAUUGUUAAGUGUACAAAUGUGUAGUUACUCGUGUAGUAAACAUGACUUAAUUAUAUUUAGAGACCCUAGUGUGAAUGUACUUUACUAAGACUUUAAGACCCCAGUGAUUUGUCAGUAAAAGUAAUGAACUUAGUUUACGAUGGGUGAAACGGAAGAAUUUAAUACGCUAACCUUUGAGAAGAAGCUUCUGCAGUUGAAAGAUACUCAGGAGAGCAUCCAAGGGUUGUCAUCGUGGUGCUUGAAGCAAAGAGCGCACCACAAGAAAAUAGUGGCCAGCUGGUUGAAUGUGCUGAAGCGCGUGAAGGUAGAACAGAGACUCACGCUGUUCUAUCUGGCGAACGAUGUGAUCCAGUACAGCAAGCGGAAAAACUACGAAUUCGUGGAGAGCUGGGGCCUCAAUUUGCAGAAAGCUACCCCGCUUGUGAGAGAAGAGAAAGUUCGGCAAAAGAUUCUUCGGAUAUUUAAAAUCUGGGAGCAGAGAUCUGUGUAUGAUGACGAGUUCCUCUCUGACCUGACUGGGCUGUUGAGUGCCGGCGCUGUUAAAAAGACUGAUGAUGAGGCUUUGGAUUUUCAACCUCAACAACUAGUGAAUAAAAUAAAGCAAUGUGCAGUAUUGGAGGCGGAUACAGACAUGAGGUUGAAAUAUAUCCAUGAGAGUCAUCUGCAGCUGUCCGAUGCUGAUGCCUUAUGUGCUAGUCUUAAGGAAUCUAUAUCAGAAGAUAAAAGUAAUAAAGAGGAUGUGGAAAAGGAGCUAAACGAGGGCAUAGGAUGUGUGGAGAGGUACACCCAAGCCCUACAGAGAGAGAUAGUUGCUCGGGAAGCCUUGUUGGCACUCCUGUCGUCUGCUAAUCAGUACUAUUCAACGCAGAGAGGUGAAGUCAAAGUGGUUGCUUAUGCGUACAAGAACUUCGGAGCCCGCGUGCGUGCUCUAAAGCGAAAGCUGGACGAGCUAAUACCAACCCUACCUAGCGCCGCCCCGUCGCCCCCUCAGAGAGACGAAGAUGUCCCCUCACCUGGGCCUGAUGAAGACCUGGACCUGCCCAACGCGGGCGACGAGGAUAACGAUGUGUCCUACAACAUCGACAAGACAUUCAACACGUCGCUGUCAGCGGAUGGCUCACUGUACAAUAUGGGUCUGUCUUCGUUCCUUAACUCUGACAACGCGCUCGCGUUGUUCAACGAGAGUCCGCCUAACGCGGCCAAUGUCAAUAGUGCUAAUAAAAUUGAAGUGAUAAAUUCGCGACCGAGCGAAAGUCAAGAUUUCAAUAUCAACGAUUUCUUGAAAACGCUGGUGCCUAGUGAGAAUGCCGCUAAUUCAGAUAACAAUUCAGUUGCGAGCGGCACGAUGUCCCAAAAGUCUCAGGAUGCGUUGCCGGGCUUAGAUCUACUGUCGGACGGCGGCAACCCCCCACCACCUACCUCCUUUUAUGGCAGCAUAUCUAAUAAUAUUGUUUCAGAAGAACCCGAACCUUACCGGCCUGAGGCGCCGCAAUGGAAUAACAACUCAUGGAAUAUGGUCCCGGCGCCGGUGCCCGUGCCCGUGCCCGUGCCCGUGCCGGUGCCGGCGCCGCUGCCGGUGCCGCUGCCGGCGGGGGCGCCGCGCGGCGCGCUGCCCGCGCCCCCGCCGCCGCCGCGCGCCUUCGUCGAGGCGCCCGCCUCCCCCCCGCACGCGCCCCUGCUCAUGCCCGACAACCCCGUCUACCCUAGGGUGUGUACUCACAUUAUACAUCUAGCUACACCCUGUCGUCCGCCGCCCGCCCCGGCGCGCUGCCCGCGCCCCCGCCGCCGCCGCGCGCCUUCGUCGAGGCGCCCGCCUCCCCCCCGCACGCGCCCCUGCUCAUGCCCGACAACCCCGUCUACCCUAGGCUACACCCUGUCGUCCGCCGCCCGCCCCGGCGCGCUGCCCGCGCCCCCGCCGCCGCCGCGCGCCUUCGUCGAGGCGCCCGCCUCCCCCCCGCACGCGCCCCUGCUCAUGCCCGACAACCCCGUCUACCCUAGGGUGUGUACUCACAUUAUACAUCUAGCUACACCCUGUCGUCCGCCGCCCGCCCCGGCGCGCUGCCCGCGCCCCCGCCGCCGCCGCGCGCCUUCGUCGAGCUACACCCUGUCGUACGCCGCCCGCCCCGGCGCGCUGCCCGCGCCCCCGCCGCCGCCGCGCGCCUUCGUCGAGGCGCCCGCCUCCCCCCCGCACGCGCCCCUGCUCAUCUACACCCUGUCGUCCGCCGCCCGCCCCGGCGCGCUGCCCGCGCCCCCGCCGCCGCCGCGCGCCUUCGUCGAGGCGCUCGCCUCCCCCCCGCACGCGCCCCUGCUCAUGCCCGACAACCCCGUCUACCCUAGGGGUGUGUACUCACAUUAUACAUCUAGCUACACCCUGUCGUACGCCGCCCGCCCCGGCGCGCUGCCCGCGCCCCCGCCGCCGCCGCGCGCCUUCGUCGAGGCGCCCGCCGCCCCCCCGCACGCGCCCCUGCUCAUGCCCGACAACCCCGUCUACCCUAGGGUGUGUACUCACAUUAUACAUCUAGCUACACCCUGUCGUCCGCCGCCCGCCCCGGCGCGCUGCCCCGCGCCCCCGCCGCCGCCGCGCGCCUUCGUCGAGGCGCCCGCCUCCCCCCCGCACGCGCCCCUGCUCAUCUACACCCUGUCGUCCGCCGCCCGCCCCGGCGCGCUGCCCGCGCCCCCGCCGCCGCCGCGCGCCGUCGUCGAGGCGCCCGCCUCCCCCCCGCACGCGCCCCUGCUCAUGCCCGACAACCCCGUCUACCCUAGGGUGUGUACUCACAUUAUACAUCUAGCUACACCCUGUCGUCCGCCGCCCGCCCCGGCGCGCUGCCCGCGCCCCCGCCGCCGCCGCGCGCCGUCGUCGAGCUACACCCUGUCGUACGCCGCCCGCCCCGGCGCGCUGCCCGCGCCCCCGCCGCCGCCGCGCGCCUUCGUCGAGGCGCCCGCCUCCCCCCCGCACGCGCCCCUGCUCAUGCCCGACAACCCCGUCUACCCUAGGGUGUGUACUCACAUUAUACAUCUAGCUACACCCUGUCGUCCGCCGCCCGCCCCGGCGCGCUGCCCGCGCCCCCCGCCGCCGCCGCGCGCCUUCGUCGAGGGUGUGUACUCACAUUAUACAUCUAGCUACACCCUGUCGUCCGCCGCCCGCCCCGGCGCGCUGCCCGCGCCCCCGCCGCCGCCGCGCGCCUUCGUCGAGGCGCCCGCCUCCCCCCCGCACGCGCCCCUGCUCAUGCCCGACAACCCCGUCUACCCUAGGCCGGCGCCGGUGCCCGCGCCGCCGCCGUGCGUGCUGGUGGACCUGUGCGAGUCGCCGCCGCACCAGCCCGUCAUUAUACCGGAGAACCCCGUCUAUCCGAGGAAUAUUCCCCAAGUGAAAGACAUUCCCCCCGCGGACGUGGACCACCGAGGCAUCCUCCCUCCGCCGCCGCCGCCGCCGAACCUACCCAUUAUGGGCCACAUGGAGGACGUGGACCACAGACUACUUCCCCUGCCGCCGCCGCCCAUGCCCGUCACGACGGCGCCGAGCCGGCACCCCGUACAACAAGACGUGGACCACCGCAACCUGAUCUCGCUCACGCAGCAGGCGCCGCGCGCGCCCGCGCCCGCGCCGCCCAACAACGCCGAUCAGGAUUACAGAGUGCCUCCGAUGGUUCCACCGACGGACAUCGUGGAAAGUGUCGACAUGGACCUGUCCGAGGACGAGGAGCAGCAGAGCAUGUUCCCCGGCCAGCCCGUGAACGACCGCCGCAACAGCUUCAACAACAACAAAGUGCUCGUCGGCGGCGACAACGGCAAGCAACACAACCUGGUCCGCAUCAACAGCUCCUCCAGCGACCGGGAGCUGCGCGAGCCGGGCCCGCAGCCGCCCCCGCCCCGCUCCGCGCCCGCGCGCCCCAUGCAGAACCCCUUCGACAACAUGCCGCCGGACCUCAAGUACAACAUGCCCUUCCAGAAGUACCCGCAGGACUUCGGCGACGGAAACGCCGACUACGACGACAGAAACGUCGACUUCGACGACAGAAACGCGGAGAGCGACGCGUACGAGGAGGACCUCCGGAGCCGGGGCCUCGAGAACCCCAACAUGAGGAACCCCUCGCCGCCCUACGAGGAUUUCAGGGAGGACUGGAACGCGCCCAGGUUCCCCAACAACAGGUACCCCAGGAACUGGACGCCUCGCGACAUGAGGCCGCGGUUCAGCCCGCAGCAGUUCCGCGCGAGGCCGCCCAGCCGGUGGCCGGGCCCGCGGCCGCCGCGGUUCUGGUGAUGUGGCCGCGCCGCACCACGUGGUAGACGUUCCUUAAACUUUGGCGCGAGUUUUAGCCGCGUUUUUGACGGUUGCGAGUAAAACAUUUGUGAGAUGUUUGAGUUGAGCGAAGUGACCUAUAUACUUUCAAUCCGUGAAAAUCGGUGUUGUUGUUGUGUAUCUAAAAUUACAAUGCGAUGGUUGUCAGAGAAAUUUAAUUCGUCUCGUAUCGAAUGUGGCCUUAUAUUAAUUUAUUGGACCGCUUUUGAUAUAUUUUAGUUCAGAUUAGUUGCAGACGUAACAAAAUGGUUGAAAGAUAUCUCUUUCUAAAGUUUUGAGAAGUGACAGUUUUGUAGUUGAUACUAUCUUGUAUUAAAUUUACCCUGGGACGCUCUUGUGAAAUGAAUGAUGUUUGGUUUUAUGAUUGUUUAUGUUUUAAACUUCUAAAAUAAAUCAACAGUGUCUCCUUAAUUUGAUCAUUCGGUUAUGAGACAGAUUUGGUUACUUACGUUCAAUAUAAAAUAUACUAAUACAGGCAUGAAAUAUCAAAUCGGUUACUCCUUACGAAAUUCCAUAUUAUAUAGUUUGUUAGUAUGAAAUUCGUAUGUAAAGUCAUGACGUAAAUAUUUUUUACUAUUUUUGAGGUUUUUCAAUUUAAUAAUUGAUAAAAGAGCUGGUUGCAUUUUGUAAAUACCAGCAGCAGUUUUUUGGCUCUUCAUUUCAUUAAUAUUAAAUUUACUUUAUGAACAUCGUUUUUUUAUUCGAAUUUACGACACUAGGAACUCGGAGGUACAAUAUGAACAAUUCCAGUGGGCCGUUUAACAAACGCCAGUAACCUGUGAUACAACUGAAGCCUCUUUCUAACAAAUAUACUUGUUAGAUAAUAUUUUUUUCUGGUAUACUGUUACAAGUGUUGAUAGAGUCAGACCAAGCUAAGUUGGCAGCGAUUUUGGAAGUCCAGACAGUGCAAGUGUUGUUUUAAAUGUCAAACUUGUAUGAAAUGAUGACGUUUACUUAACACUUGCACAGGCGGCGCUAACAAAAUCGCCGCCAACUUAGCUUGGUCCGACUCUAAAACGGCUCCUAGAAAUGUAAAGCAAUAACGUGUACAGAUCUCAUAUUAGUAGUAUCAGACUAAGCCAACCCUGCAUAGACUGCGAUGACAGCACAAAUGUCAAAUUUCUAUGAAUAUAUGACGUUUAGUAUGGCAAUUCCACAAGUGACGCAGAGUUAACUUGGUCCAACUUUCCCCUGAUCUUAUUGUCAUUCGACAUACAAUUUUGUCUUGAACUGAACAUGUGUAGAUAUGAAUUAGGCAGUUAGAGUCAGACCAAGCUAAGUUGGCAGCGAUUUUGACAUCCCAGACAGUGCAAGUGUUAUAUUAAACGUCAAACAACCAUGAAAUUAUGACGUUUACUUAACACUUGUCCCGGCUGGGCUAUCAAAAUCGCUGCCAACUUAGCUUGGUCAGACUACUCAAUUUUGUGAGAAACGUGGUCUGUAAAACACGCGCCAAGUUUAUUGCAAUAUGUAUGUGUAAUUGUUUAUAAAGAGUGAAUGUAAAUAGUUAUUUGAAAAGUUUAUUGAAAUCACUUCUGUGGUUUUUGUAAUUUUAUGUAUGAUGAAACAUACACAACUUGUUUUUAA